UUUUGAGUUGACUGCCACGACACAAAGCCAGGUGUAGCUUGUCAUUUUAUCCUGUUAGCAAGCGUGUGUCAAACGUUGGGACGCUGGCUAAAGUUGGAGGUGCUAGCCAAAGCUUUUUGGUCAGAGUUUUGCCAUUAUCCAAGCAUUGCCCCACUGUGUAAUGAAAUGUUUUAUCCUGGUCCCACCAUGAGAAGUGCGUAUCUCCUCCUGAUACCAGCACUGCUGCUCCUCCUGGCCUUUCCUGUCUCCAGGGGACGCUACAAUGACGAUUUUGAUGAUGGCGAGGACCUAGCAGACUUUGAUGACAAUGACUUUGCUGAGUUUGAGGACAUGAACGACGAUCCAGCAGCUGAGGCAGAAACUGUCCCUCCACCUCGUGUCUCUCAGUCCUCGCAGCCUGAAGAGGAUGAAGAUGAAGACGAGGCCACAGUGGAACUGGAGGAUGGCCAGGACGGUUUUGAGGACUCGGAGACGCAGGAUCAAGACAUGUACAGCAAAUAUGACCAGGAGGAGUUUGAGGGGAUUGGAGACAUGGAGAAGCCUAGCCACUCCAUGAAGGACCCCCUCAUAAUCCACACAGUUCCUGCACAUCUGCAGAACAGCUGGGAGAGUUACUACAUGGAGAUCCUGAUGGUGACUGGCCUGUUGGCCUACAUCAUGAACUACAUCAUCGGCAAGAACAAGAACAGUCGCCUCGCUCAGGCCUGGUUCAGCUCGCACAGAGAACUUCUAGAGAGCAACUUUGCACUAGUGGGUGAUGACGGCACCAGUAAAGAAGCGGUGAGCACUGGGAAGCUGAAUCAGGAAAAUGAGCACAUCUACAACCUGUGGUGCUCCGGCCGGGUGUGCUGUGAGGGCAUGCUGAUCCAGCUGAAGUUUCUGAAGAGGCAGGACCUGCUCAACGUUCUGGCAAGGAUGAUGAGGCCCGCCUGUGAUCAAGUGCAAAUCAAAGUGACCCUUAAUGACGAGGACAUGGACACUUUUGUCUUUGCUGUUGGCACCAAGAAGGCCAUGGCCAGACUUCAGAAGGAGAUGCAGGACUUGAGUGAGUUCUGCGGUGACAAGCCUAAGUCUGGGGCCAAGUAUGGGCUCCCAGACUCCCUGGCUAUUCUAAGUGAGAUGGGCGAGGUCUCAGAUGGGGUGAUGGACAACAAGAUGGUGCAUUAUGUCACCAACCACGCUGACAAGAUCGAGUCCAUCCAUUUCUCGGACCAAUUUUCUGGUCCAAAAGUUAUGCAAGAGGAGGGUCAGCCCUUAAAGCUGCCUGAGACUAAGAAGACGCUGCUGUUUACAUUUAAUGUGCCUGGCAUGGGCAACACGUCUCCCAAAGACAUGGACACUCUGCUCCCUCUCAUGAACAUGGUGAUCUACAGCAUCGAUAAAGUAAAGAAACUCCGCCUCAACCGAGAGGGCAAACAGAAAGCUGACAGAAACCGGGCCCGUGUGGAGGAGAACUUCCUGAAGCAGACCCACGCUCAGCGUCAGGAGGCCGCCCAGACACGGCGGGAGGAGAAGAAGAGAGCCGAGAAGGAGAGGAUCAUGAACGAGGAGGAUCCAGAGAGACAACGUCGACUGGAGGAAGCUGCUCAGCGACGUGAGCAGAAGAAGAUUGAGAAGAAGCAGAUGAAGAUGAAGCAGAUCAAAGUGAAAGCUAUGUGAACGACCUCCACAAGGAUGGCGAUACAACCCCGAUUCCCAAAGAAGUUGGGACGCUAUGUAAAACGUUUAUAAAAACAGAAUGCAGUCGUUUGCAAAUGACAGUUUUACAAAUUUUCCCCGAGCUUGCGUAUCAAUAUCCUUUAUACAUCACGUGUUCCACAAACUGGUGGACAAAAAUCAAUGAAACACUAAAUUUUUUAAUUGAGGCUCAGCAGAUGAUCACAUUCAAUUUUUAUCUAUGUUGUAUGCAGCGUCCUGGCUUAGUAUCUGGGUUGUACAAGCACACGUGAAAGCAGUGCUCAGCUCAGACACUUUCCUUCAGCUCCGUCUGCAGCUCUGGCUCACAAUCACUUUGGCUCCAAACAGUCGUGUGCCUCUGGGUGCGUCAAGCUCAUCCGUCUCCGUCGCCACAUGCUCCAUUUGGUGUGGCUAAAUCUUAAUGACAGAGAGGGAACUUACUGUCCUUGUCAAGUGAAAGAGACUUUUUCACCGUCAAAUUUUUGUUUUGUUUUUUUUCUGUCCAACUUUCUUUUCAAAAUUCAUCAAAGCUCUGUUUGAAAUCCGUGCAGCUCGAUGAGCUUUUUAAACUUAAUCUGCUGGGAAGAAACACGAUUUUGUGGCACUGAGGCACAUUUUAAAAUGAAUGAAAGCAUUGCUGUGCUUACAUUGGAAAUCGGCAUUAAUAUAAUACAUUCAAGGAAAUCUUAAUUUAUAUCUGCUACAACAUUGUUUUUUCUGUUUUGUUUGCAGGCUGUUUCUAACGAAUAUCUGAGCAAAUGUAAUAAAGUGCACUGGAGUCUGUUGGAAAA